AUGACUGCUCGCCCCAGAGUACCUGUAUGCCGACAGUGUAAUGCUGUUUUUUCAAAAACUACAGGAGUUUCAACUUUAAGAAGACAUCUUAAUAAACAUAAAAUUAAUGCACCAGCAAGACGUCAAACCAUUCUUCAAUUUCCCAGAACUGAUCUGUAUAAUGAUAAAGAACAAAAAGAGAGAGACAACAAAUUAAUUACCUGGAUUAUUACUGAUCAACAACCCUUUACUGUUGUUGAAAAUCAAGUAUCCACUUGUUUUUGUAAUGAUUUACGUGGAUUAUGCAAACUUAAAGGAAUUUCAUUUCUUAAACCUGAGUUGGAUAUUGAUAUAAGAUAG